ACAAAGACUGCAGCGCCAUCUAAAGCAACGCCCGAACUUCCGGUGACACUUUUUUGGCUGAGUGAACAAUCUUGUUAUUACGAUCCUUGGUCUAAAAGAGGGAGACCACUCCCACUCCCGUUCCACAAACAAUGUUUUUAAAUCUGCUUCUAUUCACUGAGUGUUGUUCAGUCGUUCAGUCUACGAUUCUGGAAUCUGAUUACUGAAAUUUGGACUUUUGUUUCAGUUAGCAGUUUGCAAAACAUGGCAGAUCAGUGCCCACAAAAUUCAUCAAGAAGAUCAAAGUCAAAAUGCGGCACUGAAGGUUCCACUCCCAGUGGAGUUGUCAAGAGGUCCGCCAGGAUUCAAAAGUCGGUUACGAAGUUCUCAGAAGUUAAGGAGUGGACUGUAGUGGAAAAGACCAAGUUGUUGGAGGCUGUGAGAAGGUUCUCACCGGACAAUGUGGAAGUUUUGUCAAGCAUCGUCGGAACAAAGACUCCGGAAGAGAUUGCAGAUUACAUCAAGACGCUGUCAAAGAUGAAGCCCUCUUCAAGAAGAACCUAUCAAAAGACAAAAGAUGAUGACAAAGAAAAAAGCCCCAUGGAGUUGUGGACCGAGCUGGUGAAUGAGCUUGUGCAUUAUGAACCGACGGACCUCGGGCGCUGUGUGACUAAGGUGUUUGGCUUGAUCACACACAACGAAGAGUUUGCCCCCAGCGAGCAGCCUCGCCUGAGCUGGCGUCGAAUCUACCAGUUCCUGUCCGACGUCCUUGAGGACAAGGCUGAGCUACAGGAGCUGUCUGACGUCGAAUCUCACGUGGUGUUGGACAUGAUGCACGGUGUGGGCGACACACUACACAGUUCUGACACGCGCGUCCACCAGCGUCUGCUCACCACAAAGUACAAAUUUCUCAACACCAAACUGACGGAACUGUCGGAGCCGGCCAGACGGAGGCGCUACAGUCUGGUCCACCGCGGGCUGCACAACGACUUUGACUAUCUGGAAGAACCGAGCGAGGUAUCUGACCCGACUGAACCACCGACCUCAUGUCAAGAAAAUGACGACGUCACAGAUGUAUCGGCCGCCGCCAUCGGGAACACUGAAUGCUCGCCUGCGGGUUAUGUGACUUCUACGUCUGUAUCAACGUGCGCCUCUGCUGAAACUAGUUCCUCCUCUGCACAGCAGUCUGCUCUGACUUCCUCUUCGCCGCCUGCCCCUACUCCAGGACAUAGCGGACACAGGGAGGAAUCGCCUCCCCUUACGGCUGAGUCGCCAUCGUUAGCUCCAGGGGUUGCUACGGGUGAUUGUCGAGACGCUUCUUCUUCUUCUUCCGCCAACCACUCGUCCUGCGGUGUUUCUACGACCACGAAGGAGUUCGUCAAAUCCAAGUUGUUCACUCUGAAUCCUCUGUGCAUCCCAACUUCUCUGCUGCCGCUGAAGCCUAAUAUAGACUCUGUCUGAUUUUUUAGUUUCGCAAGUUGGGGGGGGGGAUUCUCUCUGAUUUUUGAGUCUCGGGGACUGGGGGG